AUGGCGCAGCCCCCCCGGCUGAGCCGCUCUGGUGCCUCCUCACUUUGGGACCCAGCUUCUCCUGCUCCCACCUCUGGCCCCAGGCCUCGGCUUUGGGAGGGUCAAGAUGUGCUGGCCAGAUGGACUGAUGGGCUGCUAUACUUGGGUACCAUCAAAAAGGUGGACAGUGCUAGGGAGGUGUGUCUGGUCCAGUUUGAGGAUGAUUCGCAGUUUCUGGUUCUAUGGAAAGACAUUAGCCCUGCUGCCCUCCCUGGAGAGGAACUCCUCUGUUGUGUCUGUCGCUCUGAGACUGUGGUCCCUGGGAACCGGCUGGUCAGCUGUGAGAAGUGUCGCCAUGCUUAUCACCAGGACUGCCAUGUUCCCAGGGCUCCAGCCCCUGGAGAGGGAGAGGGCACAUCCUGGGUAUGCCGCCAGUGUGUCUUUGCGAUCGCCACCAAGAGGGGAGGUGCCCUGAAGAAGGGCCCCUAUGCCCGGGCCAUGCUGGGUAUGAAGCUCUCUCUGCCAUAUGGACUGAAGGGGCUGGACUGGGAUGCUGGACAUCUGAGCAACCGACAGCAGAGUUACUGUUACUGUGGUGGCCCUGGGGAGUGGAACCUGAAAAUGCUGCAGUGCCGGAGCUGCCUGCAGUGGUUCCAUGAGGCCUGCACCCAGUGUCUGAGCAAGCCCCUCCUCUAUGGGGACAGGUUCUAUGAAUUUGAAUGCUGUGUGUGUCGCGGGGGCCCUGAGAAAGUCCGGAGACUACAGCUUCGCUGGGUGGAUGUGGCCCAUCUUGUCCUGUAUCACCUCAGUGUUUGCUGUAAGAAGAAAUACUUUGAUUUUGAUCGUGAGAUCCUCCCCUUCACUUCUGAGAAUUGGGACAGUUUGCUCCUGGGGGAGCUUUCAGACACCCCCAAAGGAGAACGUUCUUCCAAGCUCCUCUCUGCUCUCAACAGCCACAAGGACCGUUUCAUUUCAGGGAGAGAGAUUAAGAAGAGGAAAUGUUUGUUUGGUCUCCAUGCUCGGAUGCCUCCCCCUGUGGAGCCCCCUACUGGAGAUGGAGCACUCACCAGCUUCCCUUCAGGGCAGGGCCCUGGGGGAGGGGUCUCACGUCCCCUGGGGAAGCGCCGGAGGCCGGAGCCAGAGCCCCUGAGGAGGAGGCAGAAGGGGAAAGUGGAGGAGCUGGGGCCACCCUCAGCAGUGCGCAAUCAGCCCGAGCCCCAGGAGCAGAGGGAGCGGGCUCAUCUGCAGAGGGCACUGCAGGCCUCAGUGUCUCCACCAUCCCCCAGCCCUAACCAGAGUUACCAGGGCAGCAGCGGCUACAACUUCCGGCCCACAGAUGCCCGCUGCCUGCCCAGCAGCCCCAUCCGGAUGUUUGCUUCCUUCCACCCUUCUGCCAGCACCGCAGGGACCUCUGGGGACGGUGAACCCCCAGACAGGUCACCCCUGGAACUUCACAUUGGUUUCCCCACAGACAUCCCUAAAAGUGCCCCCCACUCGAUGACUGCCUCAUCUUCCUCAGUCUCAUCCCCAUCCCCAGGUCUUCCUAGACGCUCAGCACCCCCUUCUCCCCUGUGCCGUAGUUUGUCUCCUGGGACUGGGGGAGGAGUCCGAGGUGGGGUUGGUUACCUGUCCCGAGGGGACCCUGUCCGGGUCCUUGCUCGGAGAGUACGGCCUGAUGGCUCUGUGCAGUACCUGGUUGAGUGGGGAGGAGGGGGCAUCUUCUGAACAGCCUGCCUCUGCCCAGCUCCCCAUUCACACACACCGGCACUUUCAUACCCUGACCUCUGACCUCACCUACAGCUGGGAUGUACCUGGAGAGAUAGGGGGUGGUUCUCCCUACUGCCCAGGCUGGAAUCCAAGAGUGGGGGGUGGGGAAGAGGCUCUCUUCUCUACCCUCCUUCAUGAUUCCUGACCCCUCCCAUCCUUCCCAUUUCCUUUGAUGUUAUUUUGUUACAGCUUUUUAAAUAUUUUUUAAAGUUAUUUAACCCCUGGGGGCAGAGACUGAGGAGGGAGGAUGAUAAGGGAUCCCGGACUCUCUAUGAUUGAAAUAAAGAGAAAUAAAUCUA